CGCCCUUCACAGAAGAGAUGAAGAUUGUCGUGUUUGCUCUUUUCCUCUCAGCUCAUUAUGAGCUGACAACAGCUCUGAAAAGAAAACACUUUUAUAUUACUAAUGCCAUGACGUGGAUAGAUGCCCAAAGCUAUUGCAGAGACGACUAUGUAGACCUGUCCAGUGCUGACAACCUGGAGGAUAUUACAGCGUUAACCACUGCAAGUGGGACUACUGGUUUAUUCAUAUCAAACUGGAUUGGUUUGAAAGAGAUCUCUGCAAAUAACUGGGAGUGGAGUGAUGGAAGCCAGGGAAGUUUUAUCAAUUGGGCAGGUGGAGAACCAAAUGAAAAUUCCAACAACAGCUGUGUUCUAAUUUGCGGUGGCUUAUUGUUUGAUUAUUCCUGUAGUUGUCAAACAUUUUUCUUCUGCUACAAGUGGGACACUGAACUGAUUGUGGUUAAAGAGAAUAAGAGCUGGGAGGACGCGUUACAAUACUGCAGGACUCAUCACACUGAUCUGGCCAGUCUGCCAACAGAUUUACAUCUCAUCCAAGCCAAACAAACCACUGCUGAUACAUCAGGUGUGUGGACAGGUCUACGUUUCCUGGCAGGUUCAUGGUUCUGGUUAAGUGAUGAGGAUCAGGGAUACGUUAGUGUCCAGCUGCCAGCCUGUCCUGCCAAUUACACUUACUGUGGAUCUCUAAACCUAAAAACGAAGCGCUGGGAGAACAGAAACUGUAUGGAGGAACUUAACUUUGUCUGCUAUUAAAGUAGAUGGUUUUAAGAUCAUCACAUGGGAAAACAUGACAAAUGAAGAAAUAAUAUGUUAUGUCUAGCUAGCUAUUUAUUUUAAAUAAUAUGGUAAAUUAGUAAAACAGUGUCUGCAAUUUAUGUGGAUAUAGUGCUUGUGUAAUAUUUGAACUGAAUAUGAAUUUUCUGUAUAUUGAUGAUAA